AUGACAGAUAUCUCGUCAGUUUAUCCCAAGGUUUCGAUCGAAUUUUGUAACAAAUGCAAAUGGGGGUUGAGAAGUUUUUGGUACCAACAAGAGUUAUUACAAACAUUUGAUGACAAAAUAAAAGAACUAUCCUUGAAACCUAGAAAUGAUCAACCUGGUAUAUUUUUAAUCAAGGGAUAUUUCUAUAUCGAUACAAAGUUUCAUACAGUUGUUUUGUGGGAUAGGAAAAUUGAUGGUGGAUUCCCAGAUGCCAAAACAUUAAAGCAAAGAAUUAAAAAGUUGCUUUUCAAUGAAAAGAUUGAUAUUGGUAAACAUAACGAUGGAUGUGAUACUGUUUUAGGUAAAAGUGUUGUUUCUGAAGAAGGUAUCAAGACUGCUUGUGAAGAUUGCAUUGGCAAAUAA